GAGCUUUCACCGGCAGUGGACUCUGGACACUCGCUUCAGGGUAUACACUCCCUCUCUCAGUGGAACUGUCGGGGCAUAUCAAUAAGAGUGGUGGUGCUAGAUGUUGUUGAUCCGGCCAGCUGCCGGAGCUUUCCCUGCCUUAUCUUCAACGAUGACUUCAACGAUCUCAACAACAAUAUCUGGAAGCCUGAAAUCACCAUGUCUGGUGGUGGGAAGGGGGAGUUCCAGAUGUACUUAAACGAUCAUAGUCUCAGCUACAUACGUGAAUCUGCUCUGAUCAUCAAGCCGGAACUGACGUCCAACAGUUUUAAUGAGCACUUCCUGUUCAACAACGAGCUCAACCUGGGGUCGGCGUGCACGGACAACCGGGACUUCGGCUGCGUCCGCAGAGGAACCUCCGAGCAGAUCAUCAACCCCAUCAUGAGCGCCAAACUUACCACUCAGCCAAGCUUCGCCUUCAGGUAUGGUCGGGUGGAGGUCCGCGCCAAGAUGCCCCGAGGAGACUGGUUGUGGCCAGCUAUCGAGCUAGCGCCCAGGGACUCACGAUAUGGCGCAUGGCCUGCAAGUGGCGAAGUUGAUAUAGUUGAGUCUCGAGGAAAUACUGAGUAUGGCAACCUGGGCCACCAGUACGCAGGGUCCACUCUCCACUGGGGGCCCAACCCUCAAGCCAACAUGUACCCCAAGACUCACAAAACUUACUCUGCCAAUUAUGGAUCAUUUGGCAACAACUUCCAUACAUGGAGGCUGGACUGGACCAGGGACAACAUGAAGUUCUACGUGGAUGGCCAACUCCAGCUGACAGUGGACCCGGGAACCAACUUCUGGGACUUGAGUGGCUUGGGCAGCUCCCAGGACAACCCAUGGAGAGAUGGCAGUAAGAUGGCACCUUUCGACCAAAAGUUCUACAUCGUCGUAAACUUGGCUGUGGGCGGCACAGAUGGCUACUUCCACGAUGGCGUGGCCAAGAACCCAGAGAAGCCCUGGAGCAACGGCUCCCCUCACGCUGCCCUAGACUUCUGGAACGGUCGUGAGUCGUGGCUGCCCAGCUGGAAGCACGGUGAGCCGCACAUCAGCGAGGAGGCAGCUCUUAAGGUCGACUACGUUAAGGUCUGGAAAAUGGAGAGCAUCGAGCAGUAGCCCACACCAUCCAGCAGCAGACCCACGCCUCACCCACACCAUCCAGCAGCAGACCCACGCCUCACCACACCAUCCAGCAGCAGACCCACGCCUCACCCACACCAUCCAGCAGCAGACCCACGCCUCAUCCACAC